AUGGCAGACCGAUCGCUCCAGUACGUGACUCUGGACGUCUUCACAAGCACCAAACUACAAGGAAACCCCGUGGCGGUUGUCCUUCUCACCGGCGACGUAGAGCUCCCAGAAUCAAAGAAACUCCAAAUCACGCGCGAAUUCAACAUCUCCGAGACGGUCUUUCUCCAUCCCGCGGUUCAUGGCCAGCCUCCUCGGAUCCAGAUCUUCACUUUAUCGGGGGAAUUGAACUUUGCAGGCCAUCCGACCAUCGGAGCAGCGCAUUAUCUAUUCCAGAAGGAACUCUUGACAGGGCCUCUUCCAAGUCCUAGUCCUCCUAGUUUAACUCUAGGGGACGAUAAUUCUCUAGAUAUAGACACCAAGGCGGGGCCCGUUCGCGUACAAUUCCAUCCUGCGGAGAACACCGUCUCGGCGGAUAUCCCGUUCAACUUGCAUGUGCAUUCCGGAUGCGUACGGAAAGAUGCUCUUCUUGCUACGCAGCCGAGGAUAGCAGGAGGAGGGGAUAAUAAUCCAGAUACGGAUCUAUCGAAGGGUAUGCGCAGUGACUACCCGCUUGUGUCUAUUGUGCGCGGCGUGACCUUUGCCCUGGUUGAUCUAUCGGAGGACCUCAUGGCGGCGGUCGCAGCGGGGGCUUCACCCGCUGUAGAGCUGGAUAGGGACUGGGCGCCGUCGUUUAUUAGCACGAUGUAUUAUCGAAGGAUGGUGAUGAGAGGCCAGGAAGAGACGGAAGAGGGGACUGUGGAAAGAUUGCAUGUGCGCACGAUUGCGAUUGGAUUCGAGGAUCCGGCGUGUGGGAGUGGAGCUUGUGCAUUGGCGGCGUAUCUCGCAUUGCAGAGGGGAGGGAAAGGCAAGAAAUAUCGGUAUCAAAUCGAUCAGGGGAUGGAAAUCGGACGAAGAAGUCGCAUUGUCGUUGACGUGGUGCUUGAUCGUGAGGGGACGGGCGUAGCGAAGGUGAUCAUGACUGGGGAGGCGACGGUUGUGAUGGAGGGGAGAUUGCGAUAUUGA